GCCCCCGCCGCUCCGCUCCAUACACUCAAUGUAAACACCGUUAGCGCUCCUGCUUUGUCUUUGAGCCUGUGGCUGGAGCUCUCGACUCACUAUGCCAUGGAUAUUUUAUGGCAAUACCAGUUCAGGAUCAUUUUGCUGGGGGACUCGACGGUGGGCAAAUCAUCUUUGCUUAAGAGGUUCACGGAUGGCAUAUACAGCGAUGUAGCGGACCCUACGGUCGGUGUGGAUUUCUACGCCCGUUCAAUAGACAUCGAACCCGGGGUUAAAAUCAAACUACAGCUGUGGGACACAGCCGGACAAGAAAGAUUCAGGUCCAUCACUACUUCCUACUAUCGCAACUCUGUUGGCGGGCUCUUAGUAUUUGACCUGACGAACAGGAAGACCUUCGAUCAUGUGCGUGAAUGGCACCGAGAAGUCAGCGAGCACAUCCUGCCUCAUCACAUGGUCUACAUCCUGAUCGGCCACAAGAGCGACCUGAGCCACGACCGCAAGGUGACGCGGGACGAGGCGGAGCAGCUGGCGGCCGAACUCGGCAUCCGCUACGUGGAAACUUCAGCCAAGUGCAACAGCAAUGUGGAACGUGCUUUCGAGCUGCUCACACGGGACAUCUAUGAGCUGAUGAAGAUGGGUGAGAUCUCCACGCGUGACGGCUGGGAUGGGGUCAAGAGUGGCCUCACCGCUAAAGUUCUUUAUCCAGCCGAGGAGGAGGCGGAGCGAGAAAAGAGCUGCAACUGUUGACUUCCACAAUCCACCUGUAAUUGCUCACCUGUGUAUCAGUCGGUCGUUGCUCACCUCGGCUUUCACUAAUGUGUCGCAUCAUGGUCACUGCCUCAGGGCCUGGACCGCUGCACUUACCUUGUUGUUGCUGUCUGAGGUUGAUGGUACAAGCCAUUCAAAGGUGUUGUAUAUUUAGGCUUGCAUGGACAGGCCCUGCUUCUUAUUGUUGAAAUUCACCCCUGUUCUGAAGUUUGCAGCAAUCUUGUGGAUAAACAUUUUUACAUUCUAGUUUGAGCUGUAUGUAUCAUUGUACUUCCCAUCCUCUGGAGCUAUUACGGUUUAUUUGGCUUGUUCCUUUCCCUUUCCCUUUAACCAUUAUUACUGUGAUAUCAUUACCAUUUAAAAAAAAAAACAUCUAGUGAUUACAAUUGACACUGUCCGUUCACUUACAGAUUUAAAGACCCCAUAAAUUGGCUUGACAACAUGGUUUUCUUUCCUGUGUUGACAUUUCUUAUUGAAGCAGAUAUUUGGAGCUGGACAAAUGGCUUGUACUUAUCCAAUAGCUUUUAGCUUAUGUUAGUGCUGUGAACCAUAGUUGGCAGGUAUUAGGAGGAGGACAUUGGAGAGCAUUUGACCUGACAAAUAUGUCAUCAAUAUUAUUUGGUCCGUUUCCCUUGUAGCAGUAAAAUUUGCUGCGACUUGGACUGAAAGCGACACAACUGAAGAGACUUGGACUAAAAGCCACAAAAUUCCCAUUUUAGAUAAGAAUUUGAGACAGUAAGGACAGUUGUUGGCUGGUAGACAUCAUUUCUGGGUAAAAAGGCAAGACUAAACCUCCUUUCUAACUAAUCGCUGGGUUUGCAAAUGUAAUUACACAAUUUCAUCCAUUUCUGAUUCAUUACUUUUUUAUACCACAUUGUUAUAACAACCCAACUUCUGCAGACAUUAUUAUGUGCACCAAACCAACAUAUUUUAUUGUAAUAAUUCAGGAACUAAUCGUAAUUGCAGCAUAUUUUAAAUUGUCACCUGUUCAUGGAUAAAUACAUAUUUUGUCAAAUC